UAUUAGUUACAAUAAGACACCAGAGCUCCAGCCAGGCACCAGAUGUUUUUGUUGAGGAGAAAACAUAAAGAGCAUUAAGAGCUUUUUAAAUCUUACACUUUCACUUUGGUCUUAUGAGAAAUAAUUGUGACAUCUCAUGCUCGGAAAUGUGUCACAGGAGCUUUCCCUCAUAUCGACACCACGCACAGCGGAAGGGACCUGCUUACGUAUCUGCAGUUUAAACGACCUGAAAACUCAGUGACAGCCUGGGAGGAUAUUUUGAAGUUUGAAAUGAUCCCUAUAUAAAUAGAACGGAUCAGCAUAACUUCAGGAUAAAAUUAGCCGGCAGUUUGUGGACUCUCCAGCCUUGCCUGUGUGCUGGGUGCUGCUCUCCUGAUAAAUCACUGCUCGGCUUGCUCAUGGCAGAGAGGAUGGACAACAACAUCAUUGCCCCUAUCAGCAAAGCUGGAGCUGCCAAGUUAGUUAAGAAAAAUUUUCUGGAUGCUCUAAAGUCAAAUGACUCCGAAAAACUGGAGGCGAUUUUAUCCCAGAGGCAAAUAGAUGUGGACACAGUGUUUGAAGUCGAAGAUGAGAACAUGGUUUUGGCAUCUUACAAACAAGGUUAUUGGUUGCCCAGUUACAAGCUGAAGUCUUCCUGGGCAACUGGCCUGCACCUCUCAGUCUUGCUUGGUCACGUGGAGUGCCUGAGGGUCCUGCUGGACCACAAUGCUACCAUCAACUGCCGGCCCAAUGGGAAGACGCCUCUGCACGUGGCUUGUGAGACGGCCAACCUCGAAUGUGUGAAAGUCCUCUGUGACCGCGGAGCCAAGCUCAACUGCUACUCCCUGAGUGGACAUACGGCCUUGCACUUCUGUACUACGCCAAACUCCAUCCUCUGUGCCAAGCAAUUGGUGUUGCGAGGUGCAAACGUGAACAUGAAAACCAACAACCAGGAUGAGGAGACACCCUUGCACACGGCUGCCCACUUCGGCCUCUCAGAGCUGGCAGCCUUCUACGUGGAGAACGGGGCCAUCGUGGAUAGCAUGAAUGCCCACAUGGAGACCCCACUGGCCAUUGCCACUUACUGGGCCCUACGCUACAAGGAGCAGGAGUACAGCAGGGAGCACCACCUCAUCUGCCGCAUGCUGCUGGACAACAACGCUGAGGUCAACGCCCGUGAUGAUGACUUCAAGUCCCCUCUGCACAAGGCUGCCUGGAAUUGCGACCACGUGCUCAUGCACAUGAUGCUGGAGGCAGGUGCUGAGGCCAACCUCAUGGAUAUCAACGGCUGUGCAGCCAUCCAGUACGUGCUGAAGGUCACAUCUGUGCGCCCUUCUGCACGGCCCGAGAUCUGCUACCAGCUGCUGCUGAACUACGGGGCUGCACGGAUCUAUCCCCCACAGUUCCACAAGGUGAUCCAGGCUUGCCACUCUUGUCCCAAAGCGAUUGAAGUUGUGGUCAACGCCUAUGAGCACAUCAGAUGGAACAUUAAGUGGAGAAGGGCCAUCCCUGAUGACGACCUGGAGAAACACUGGGAUUUUUACCACUCUCUCUUCAAGGUGUGCUGCAACACUCCCAGGACCCUCAUGCAUUUAGCGAGAUGUGCUAUUCGAAGAACAUUGCAUGAAAGAUGCCACAAUGCAAUUCCUAUGCUGUCCCUCCCAUUGCCUUUGAAGAAGUACUUGCUUUUGGAGCCAGAGGGAAUCAUUUAUUAAGUCUUAGGAUACAACAGUUCCCACUCUUAGAUGCUUAAGUGGACUCGCUGGGUAGACACAGUUUGCAUACAUAAAAUGGUACUUGGGUUGAUUAUAACACUUUAGGGAUUCCAAAACACUUUACAAAAACCAUGUCAUUAAUCCUAGAGUAGAAUGUUGAGGGAAAAUAAGCAAGGAAAGUUAAGGAAUUUUCAAAGACAUGACUGCUUUUAGAAGGCAGACACUGACAUAGCAGUAAUAGCUCUUAUAAGUGACAGAUUUUAUUAGGUACCCCUUGUAUUUUGUAAAACUUCCACAUAUGAUCUCAUAUAAAAGGGACCUACAUUUUCUUACAACCCAAUCUCAUUCUCUACAUUGUCAGUAUUAGGUUUACAUGACUGUUUAGUUUGCAAUGUAGCAGGUUUUGUGAGUGGCUUCUUAAGCUUGCUGUCUCCCUCCAAUGACCAGCAAGCAGAUGUUGCUGUUACUAGUUUUAGAAAUGCCUCCUCCCCAAACCAAGGUC